AUGCGUACUUCCCUUGUCCUGAUGCUGCAAAUGCAACAGCAAAGUUCGGCCCAAGGCCAGCAUGUGCCGGCCAGGCACCCGAAAGAGGCUGCGCUGACCUUUGCUUUGCCGGCUUCAGUGGUCCGGGCUACAACGCUGCAGGGCCUGUCGCUACAGGGCAGUCAGCGGAAGGCCAUUGGCGGCUCAGCAGCUUCGAUGCCCGGCGACAUUCACAAGACGGAGCAGGAGACCGCCGAAUACGUCGUACCGACCUCUACUACAGAUUUGGAGGAAGUCUUUAGCCCCGCCGGAGGGAGCUCCGGUAAUGGCGAAGUCGAGCCUUUGAGCCCGGAAAGUGAAGGCGGCACAUAUCCUCCCGGCCUCCCUCAUCCUCUGGGCUCCGUGGAGCACGACAGCAGCAACAAGUUCAAGCACGGUGCUGGGAUGGCGAAGCCGAAGAGCGGACCGCAUGCCGACGCCGCAUCCAAGUCCCCGAGAUAUGUCAACUUAGACUUCGUUGCUACUCCUUUUGUGGAGACCUUGGAUGUCGCACUACCACAGAAGCUGCCGCUCCCAAUGCUGCUCGGUUUCCGGGCCCGGCGAAGCCGGAGUCUUCCAACCCCUUUGACCGAACUCUUCACGAUCGGGGAGAGUGCAAGCCCUGCGCAUGGUUCUGGACCCCCGGCGGCUGCCAGAAAGGUGUUUUCGGAGAUCCCUUUCAUGCUUAUGGACAUCUCAUACAGAGACAUAUCUCCUAGCAGAAAUUUCAUGUUCUUCCCCAUGGCUCGCGUCAUUCUGGUGAGCCUUGUUUUGUCGUUCCAGCCACUUGCUGGCGACGCUUUCGGCGCACCGCUGACAGAAUGGCAAGAGCAGGUCUUCGGCGAGGUGGAGAAGAGUGCAGCGGAACAGUCCAAAGCUGCAGAGCCUGAGCUCUUGGCCCUCUUCGAUUCCAAAGACUUCCGUGCGAACCUUUCCUCCUGCUGCCCGUCCUUAGCAGAACUAACGGCCAAGGAGCUGUUGGACAGAGUCUCCAAGCAGAUGGAGGUGGCCGAAGUUGCAUCUGGCUUCCCUGCAGACCAAGAUCCCGCCAAGAUGUUUCCGGAUUCCCCCGGUAUGUCUAUUGGCUUCGGCAUGAACGGCACAUUCUUCCUGAAUGACUGGCAGUCUGUUUUGACGCACUCAUCGGAUCCAGAUCAGAUAUGGCAUGGUCUCCUAGCCACAUAUGUGGGAUUCCAUGUCAAUUCCUCCAAGGGGGCCGUGACCGUGGAGCAGUGGUUUGGCGGCUGUUCCGGCAACAAGACUAUGCCUGUCGAGAUGCUACUAUCAACAUGCUAUGAGCAACCCUUUUCCAAGGGCAUGAACAUGAUCAUUCGCUACGACUAUGAGCCAGGUCAGGUUAACUGUUCCAUGUGGAUGGCUGGCAACAGCUCGAAAGUCUUCAGUGGCUGGAAAAGCCCAUCGUUGGAAACCAACGGACCGAUAAAGAAAGUGGAUUGCCCGAAAGACGCGGCAUUCGCCACACAGAUCUAUGUGGCAGAUGGCCAUUGUCACAUCUAUGCGACGGAAAACAACUCUAAACAAUUCUGUCAACAAGAUCAUGCAGAGACCGACUUGUACGGCAUGAAGCCAUUCCGAUCCUGUGGGGCGCCAUCCACUCUUAAAGAAGCUGACGAGCGUCCGGUCUAUUCCAUGGUCAACUUGAACAUGAUUGACAUGGGAAGUCCCAUCUACGGCGACGUCUCUGCCGUUUUUGCGCAGAAGUACAUCGCCAGCAGCGCAGUCUUGUCUCCGGUGGACACUGGCUUGGUGGAGAUGGGCUGCCUCGGUAAGGCGCCGUUUCCAUGGGCACCGCCACACAACUGCAGUGCUGUAACGGGCUUCAAGCAGCUAGGUACUCUGCAGCACAACAAGCACCUCUUCUUGAUCAACAAGGGCUUCUGGCAUGGUCGUGGUCUCCUACACACCACCUUAGAGAGGAUGGAGGCUCCUUGGGGGCGUCAUGCCGUACCAGGCGGCUCUUUCCUGAACUACUUCGAGGGUGCACUCCUAGGUCAAUUACAGUUUCCUUCAGCAAUUCGUUUCCUCAUCGGUGCUUUCCCGGCACUCUUCGGCACUGACAUGGGGGUCCGCUUACAAGCCUGGGCAAGGAGCCGGGGUUGGGUCUUGAUUUGGGCACUUGGCUCGAAUGAGAAGGCGGUCCCCGGAGAAACUUCAAAUUUCAAUUUUCAGCUGCUGGCAGGGCACACGUCCUUCGAAGUCAACAAGCGCAUGAUUGAUCCCGUUGUCCUUUCGGAGACGACGGCGGCAGCAAGCCUGCGCUUGGGCCCCGAUGUAACCGACAAGUUCAAGCAGAUGUGGGCAGCGGUUGCCAACCUACGGAACACAACCUCAGUGACCAAUGCGACCGUGGCCCAGAAAUGGCAAGAGACUGCCGUGCUUCUUCCGCAGCUUCCGAUUCGUCCUCUAAUGGGUGGGGACUGCGAAGCGCAGCUGCUGAACGCCGAGUGCAUUGGAAUGACGUUGCAGGGCAGCUGCGUCUGCUAUGCAAGCACGGAGUUCGAAGGAAUCACUAUGAAUCAGAUCUCUGCACGGCCACCAUGGGAAAAAUUGCGGCAGUUUCUGCGCCAAGCUGAGUUCGAUGGUUGCGAAGCGUGCGAGUUUUGCCAUCUCUGCCCCGCCGGCGAGCUCAAGGCACGAAGGAAGCAGCGGCUUCAGGAGCUGCGUGCCUUGAAACGUGGCGAGAUUCCAUUAGAGCCAAAGGUCAUCGACUGUGAAGCUUCGCCCUCAUCGAUGGGAGAGUCAAGCACGGAAUCUGCCCCGGCAGAUCCUGGCCCCGUGCGGGCUUUACCCUCCAUUGGCUCGGCAGCGCAUGGGGUCGAUUGCCGACCUUGUGCCUGGUUCUGGAAAAGUGAAGGAUGCAAGAACGGCAACGCAUGCAGGCACUGUCACCUGUGUCCGGAGGGCGAGAUUCGUCGCAAGAAGAAGAUGAAGCAGGAGGACAUUAAGCAAGCCGUGGCAUCGCAGCGUGCUCAAGAGCAACUACAGGACCACCUCGUGCAGAUGCAAAUGUUUCAGCAGAUGCAGGCAUCCAUGAUGGUGGCGAACAUGGUCCAGAUGUCACAAGCAGCAUUUCAACCCUUCUCGUGA